AUGUUCUGGAUUGAGGGCCUCACGCUAAAGCUGGACCCGGAGGAGAAUGAAGGGAAGACAAACGAGGAUGUGGACACGAUCUCCUUUAUAAGGAACUUCCUCAUUUACGUGGCCCUGCUGCAAGUGACUCCUUUUAUCUUAAAGAAAUUGGACAGCAUAUGCAGCCUGGGCGUCACGUGUGAAUGUAUGAUAUGA